AGCAAAUCUAGUAUGCUUGGUCUGUCUGGAGCUCAGUCGCAAAUGAUAACGGAACAAAUCAACGAUCUGGCCGCGGCCUAUCAGCAAAUUAUUAUCGGUCUUGGAGAGGAUCCCACUCGACAGGGGUUGAUCAGAACCCCAGAAAGAGCGGCCAAGGCUAUGCUAUAUUUCACCAAAGGUUACGAGGAACGGGUCAGUGAUUUUCUCAAUGGUGCAAUUUUCGACGAGGAUCAUGAUGAAAUGGUAGUGGUGAAAGAUAUCGAAAUGUUCUCUAUGUGUGAGCAUCAUCUGAUCCCAUUUAUCGGAAGUGUUUCGAUUGGCUAUUUACCGAACAAACGUGUCCUGGGUUUGAGCAAAUUGGCACGCAUUGUGGAAGUGUUCUCGCGUCGUCUGCAAGUGCAAGAGCGUUUGACCAAACAGAUUGCAAUCGCUUUGGCCGAGGCCAUACAACCACAAGGUGUUGGUGUGGUGGUUGAGGCAACACACAUGUGUAUGGUGAUGCGAGGUGUGCAGAAAGUGAACGCGACCACGGUUACCAGUACGAUGUUGGGUGCGUUCAAAGAGAAUGAGCUGUUCAUUUCUUCUAACAAAAAAUUAACAUUGAUCGAAGUAGACAAGAUAUAA